AUGGGAAAUGACUCGACACGGCGAACUCAACUGUUCAUAGCAGGCGCCCCGGGCGGCGGCUCGAUAGCGCCCCCAACCCACGAUUUCAUCGCUCAAUGCCUCAAACGCGAUUGGAAGAUGACAUUUCUGGCCGCGUCGACGCUCCAGGAGGUCUCGGAUGCAUUUCACGCGCCAGAUUUCGCGGGAGGUAUUGUGACAAUGCCCUGGAAGAAGACCAUCAUUCCGUGUCUGGAUCAAGUUGAUGAUCUCGUUGAUCAGCUGGGUGCUUGCAACCAUGUUUCUGUUGCCGACAAUGGUACUCUGAGGGGAACCAACACUGAUUGGGCGGGGGUCAAAAAGGCUCUUUUACAAGGACAACCUGCCACUGGUCCUAGGCAAGAACUCAAGGGCAUGGUUGUUGGGGCAGGUGGCGCGAGUCGAGCCGCAAUAUACGCACUUAUGGAGCUGGGGUGCAAGGAAGUCUACGUUGUCAACCGCGACGCUCGCGAGGUCCAAGAGCUUGUCGAAGACGUGCACCACUAUAAGACACCAAACCGACCAAAGAUUGUCCACGUUCAGACCAUACAGCAGGCCCAAACUCUCUCGUGCCCACGCUGGAUCGUGAGCACCGUGCCCGACUUUGAACCGAGAACUCCAGAAGAACUUAAAGCCCAGUCCGUGUAUAUCGAAUUUCUCGCGAAGGAGAGACCACAUCAGGCACUUAUGCUGGAUAUGUGCUACCACCCCUUGAUGACUCGCAAUCUCCAGCUUGCAAAGCAGCAUGGCUGGCAGAUUGUUGACGGGGUUCAAGUUGUGGGGCACCAGCUGAAAGAGCAAUGGAGGCCCUGGACGGGUGAAGAGAUCGACGAACAGCAGGAAGAGGUUGCAUGGAAGCUCUUGCGAGAGAGUGCGAAUUCAGAUCCCACGGUUAUUCCCUCAAAUGCAUGA